GCUUUCCAGAAAUCUACCGACACAUUUUGAUUUUGCUCCUCCAAGACACUGUUGCUUCUCCAAGAUGAGCGCUACGCAGACCGUCACCCAGCAGCCCGAGAUUACGGCAGAGAAUGUUCUGCGCCUGUUUCCCGAAGUCAACACUUCGCUCAUUGGGGGGUCGCACAACUCGGCCACAAGUGACAAUGCGCUGCAAGGCUACGACGAGGAGCAGAUACGGCUGAUGGACGAGGUGUGCAUUGUCCUGGACAACAACGAUGUCCCCAUUGGCAGCGCAACCAAAAAGCUCUGCCACCUCAUUGAGAACAUCGACCGAGGACUCCUCCACCGCGCCUUCUCGGUCUUCCUCUUCGAUUCCCAGAACCGCCUGCUCCUGCAGCAGCGCGCGACGGAAAAGAUUACCUUCCCGGACAUGUGGACAAACACUUGCUGCUCGCAUCCGCUAGGCAUACCUGGAGAGACGGGUGUCGGGCUGGACGAGUCGGUCCAGGGCGUGCGUCGCGCAGCAGUGCGCAAGCUCGAUCACGAGCUUGGUAUCAAGGCCGAGCAGGUGCCUAUUGACGACUUCAAGUUUCUCACACGGAUACACUACAAGUCGCCAAGCGACGGCAAGUGGGGCGAGCAUGAGAUUGACUACAUCCUCUUCAUCAAGGCCGACGUUGACCUGAACGUGAACCCCAACGAAGUGCGGGACUCGAAAUUCGUUUCGCAAGAGGACCUCAAGGCCAUGUUCCAGGACAAGUCGCUGAAGUUUACGCCCUGGUUCAAGCUCAUCUGCGAAAGCAUGCUGUUCGAGUGGUGGAACCAUGUCGACUCUGGGCUGGACAAGUACAUGGGUGAGACGGAGAUCCGGCGCAUGUAACGCGGGAGAGGGGGGCUUCCGAAAUGAGGCGACACGCGCAAUGCCCGAUCGGCUUCGAUAGAUAGCACGGCUGCGGCUAUCCAACCAGAUUGUUUGAGCAAUUCCCACGCCAAUUACUUGUUUGGCCCUAUCGUGCGUAGGUGUACGUCUUUCUUAUCGGCACGGUGCCAUGUGACGUUGAACAGCCAUUGAUCUGCACCAGCCCCUCAGCCCGCAUAUCGCUGCUUGAUAAAGU